AUCUAUAAACGAGCGACGUCUGUACAAUUCGAUCGCAAACACAAGUGGUCCCCGGUCCAGGAAAACUAUAAGGAUCUAAUCAAAGUUUCAACCGCUUCAACUCAGGAGUAAGAUUUACCCUCGAAUCUAUAACUGUAACUGAAAGCGAUUUUAGCGCGAUCCGACCGGCCAAGGGAUGAAGUGUUGACAACAAUCGCACCUGCAUUUGCAACUGCAAAUACAUGGCCAAGGCGGUGUUAGCUUCGGGCUACUCGUUACUUCAAAGUGUUUCAAGACUAUUACUUCGGCAGCUUUGUGGACUUAACUGAUCUUGCUACUGAAAAACCACCUUCUGCUGAAGAUCAGAAUGAAAAUGGAUUGUUAAGUGAGGUAGCCUGUACUACGACGGAAACAAAAGAUUUAUCACAGAAUGGGAGGAAAAGAGUACGCUCUAAAGUGUACACUUGGCUUGAUAUUGUUUGUAGUGCUACUGUGGCAACUUGAGACAAAUUAUUUUCCCUCGAAUGAAAAUUCUACCUCCAUGAUACCAGUUGCUGUAGGGAGAACGGAAAUGGAUGACAUGAAGGAACCUGUUAAGGAUAGUUCAAAGCUAAAGAUAAAAGCUUGGAAAAUCACAACACAGCACGGCAUAAAUGUAACAACCGAAGGAUCAGAGACAAAGCGUUGGCUUGUAGUAUAUUGGUCAACGUUUUUUGGAAGAAGGCUCAAUCUUCACGAAACUUUUGAAAAAGGUGACUGCCCAGUACCGUGUGAGUGGACUAGUGACCAGUCCAGAGCAAAAGAGGCAGAUGCCUUUUUAGUCCAUGCCAGGGACCCACGACCAGACCCACCAAUAAAAUCAGUGCCUUGGAUUCUGCAGACUCGAGAAAAUCCAAUUUACACACCGGUAUUGAACGACGCCAGCUUCAUGUCGAAAUUUAGCUACUUGAAAAGUUAUCGGCUGGACUCAGACUUUCCAGAUCCCUCUGUCUUGCUGCCUGGUGUAGCACCCCCUGUUCCUUUUAAGAAUAAGACUGGGCUCAUUAUGGCAGCUUUCUCAAAUUGCGAGGCAGUUCGAACCGAGUACAUGAGGCAGCUAAUGAAGUUUGUAAAGGUGGAUUCUUUCGGCGCCUGUCUAAGGAACAAUAAUAGUCUAGUGGGCAGGUAUGGCAAAAACAAACAGGGCACUGAUUUCAGAGAUGCUAAAUCCAUGCUGGCCAGACAGUACAAGUUCAACCUGGUGUUCUUCAACCAAGACUGUGAUUAUUUUGUGGAUGCUCAACUACACCACGCAAUGGAUGCAGGCUCGGUUCCUGUCGUCAUGGCUACAGAUAAGCUGGAUGAGUUUCUACCCGGGCCCUAUCUUAACCGUUCAGUGAUAAAAGUGCGUGAUUUCAAGAGCCCUGAACUGUUGGCUGAAUACCUCAAGUAUCUUAGCAACAACGAAACCGAGUACAAUAAAUAUCUGGAGUGGAAGUGGGAAGGAUAUGGCGACAUCACUAGAACUGCUAUCGGAAAUUAUUGGAUGCCAAAGUAUCCACUGUAUUGUCAAGUCUGUGUUGCAAUUUCGAAAGGGAAAGGGCCCAAAGAGGGUCUUAAACCAUUCAAUUGCAAACCAAGGAAAUUUGAAGACUGGGGAAUUACGAAAGGAGCCUGACUUAAGUCUACUUUUGUCAUUAAAGAGGACCCCGUUAGCUUAGCAAAAGAGUCAGAUAUGGUGAGAUAUAUCACUUUACAUGCACUUUCUCCAAUCACAUUAUGAAAAUGAGGGUACUGAGAAAUCUUUUCGAGAACUUACCAGGCCUGAAAUGAUGUUUGCCUUUGAAAUAAUAAAACUGUUAGUCAUCUGUGUUUUCUGUCGAA